CUGGCAGGUGAAGGGCCCCGGGCCUAGGACGGUGCUCCGAGGCGGAAGGAGCCGCUGUGCGGCGGGGAGGCCAAGUCCAGAGCCUGGAGGCGCGCGGGGGUGGGCGCUGCAGCCGCGGGUUGUUUAUCUGGAGUACGGAGGGGAGAGGGGAGCCUGGAAACCGCCCCGUGUCCCAUUUCCUCCUCUUGUUUUCGCUCCGGAUUCUCCAUGUUGGACCCAAACUGAGGAGCCCGGAGCUGCCGCCGGGGGAUCGGGGCCGGGGGCACCCGGGGGAGCCGCUGCCCGGGCCGCCCGCUCUCCUAAAGGCAGCCUCCCUUCCCGGCUCCGGGAGGGAACGCGAGCAGGGAUGUGAACAGCCAUAGGAGUCAGAGUGCUCGGAGCCCCAGCCCGAGCGGGCCCCCGCCUAGGCCCCCCAGCCCAGCCCAGCCCAGCCUGCGCGUCCGCCCGUCCUCCCGCCCAGGCAGCCCGGGCCCGCGGGUUUGUUAGAUGGAACACGGCUCCAUCAUCACCCAGGCGCGGAGGGAAGACGCCCUGGUGCUCACCAAGCAAGGCCUGGUCUCCAAGUCCUCUCCUAAGAAGCCUCGUGGACGUAACAUCUUCAAGGCCCUCUUCUGCUGCUUCCGUGCCCAGCAUGUUGGCCAGUCAAGCUCUUCCACGGAGCUUUCUGCUUAUAAGGAGGAAGCCAACACCAUUGCUAAGUCGGACCUGCUCCAGUGUCUUCAGUACCAGUUUUAUCAGAUCCCAGGGACCUGCCUGCUCCCAGAGGUGACUGAGGAAGACCAAGGAAGGAUCUGUGUGGUCAUUGACCUGGACGAAACCCUCGUGCACAGCUCCUUUAAGCCUAUCAACAACGCCGACUUCAUAGUGCCUGUAGAGAUUGAGGGAACCACUCACCAGGUUUAUGUGCUCAAGAGGCCUUAUGUGGAUGAAUUCCUGAGGCGAAUGGGGGAACUUUUUGAGUGUGUUCUCUUCACUGCCAGCCUGGCCAAGUACGCUGACCCGGUAACAGAUCUGCUGGACAGGUGUGGCGUGUUUCGGGCCCGCCUGUUCCGGGAGUCCUGUGUGUUCCACCAGGGCUGCUAUGUCAAAGACCUCAGCCGCCUGGGCAGGGACCUGAGGAAAACCCUCAUCUUGGACAAUUCGCCUGCGUCUUACAUCUUCCACCCUGAGAAUGCAGUCCCUGUGCAGUCCUGGUUUGAUGACAUGGCAGACACUGAGCUGCUGAACCUGAUUCCCAUCUUUGAGGAGUUGAGUGGAGCAGAGGAUGUCUACACCAGCCUUGGGCAGCUGCGGGCCCCCUAGCCUUCAUUGCUCCUGAUGGCAAUGGCCAUCCCAGUAGGGGACUUCCCUACACUGUGCCUUUACGAUCUGCCUGACAGACAAACCAGAAGCUGGAACGUCUCACCAAAUCAGGCCUGGAAAUAGACGUUAUUGGAAAGCUCUAGGACAGGUUAGAUGCAGAGAGGCAGGCCUCAGACCAAGGAUACCCAGAGUUAGCUGCCUGUGCCCUGAGUGGCCUCCCAAGCUGGAUGCGAGCAGGUGCAGGUGCACGUGUGUGUGUGAGACCGUGAACAAUAGCCCUGGGGUACAAAUGAUUCCGUUUGGGAGGGAAGCUGAGAGAUCAACACUUUCCCCGGUUGGUCUGUCUCCUGUCCAGAUAUCCUGAGAGCUGCUGUGCUCUGUAGGGAUGAAGACUAUUGAAGGCCUUAUUGCCAAGCCCCGGGCCUUUCCUCAGUGUUGCAAGGUUGCCAAGGAGAAAGGAGGGGUCGGAGGCUGCCUUUAGCUGCCCUGGGCACACACUUUACCGAAUCCUUUCUCCAGCCAGCUGCUACAGCCAGAAAGACGUUUUGGGAAGAGGAAAAUGUGUUUCCACAACUUGCUGCCCCAGUGUUCACCACGCCCUGUGGCCCAAGGGCUGCGCCUGCCUCCAGCCCCGGUGCUGGGUUCUUUCUGUGUCUCCCCAAGACUUGGGUACCCAGCCUGCCUUCCUCAUCACCUAGCCAUAGUCUUCACCAAGUGGGGAAGGAAGUCUUCUCCCUGGCCUGGAAGAGGACAGAUCACUGAUUUCCGUUCUUUUGACUCUUUAAAAAUCCACUUUGCAAACGUGGUGUGUCGGACCUGUUCUGUUCAUGACAAAGCUACAGUCCUGGACCUGAGAUAAACGCGGGAAGCACUGAUGUGCCGGGAAGAAGGAACUCCCCAAAGCGUGAGGGUGUGUCCCCGUGGCUUGUGGGUCGACCAGGCUCAGACUGGAAGUGUGCUCUUCAGGGAUUCUCUGUGGUGCUGGGGCCCGGACUUGGACUCCAGGGUCCGGGAAGGCAGGCGCCGAGGCCCUCCUGCUCUUGGACAGGGCUCCCUCCUGUUGACUUCCUCCGGAGCCUGCCUUCUGCCAAGCUCGCUCUCUGCUUCAGUCCUCGUCCCGUCCCUCCUGGCUUGCUCUCUCCAGGCCCUCCUGCGUUGCUGGGACUGAGGGGGAGAGGAUGUUCUCACCUUUCAUUUCACCCUCCUCCUCCUGCAGGUGCCUCCUAUCUCUGGUCCGGGUGUGGACACGUGCUUCACCCCUGCAUUUUCCAAAUCUCUUGCUUUCAGAGUUUAAGAGAACGCUUAAAAAAAAAUCCUAUAAUGAGAAUUUCCCCAAGAUAGAAAACAAAAGGGAAAGUGCUGGAAUCAGGGAUAUGGCUCUGUGGCUCAGCAGUAGGUAUUUGCCUGGCAUGUGUGAGCCCCUGAUUCUGUCCCAGGCACCGCUCCGAAAGGGAGGGGGGUGCUGCUACAGUUGGGAGCACAAGGGGCCCCUCCCCAAAGGGGAGCCCCACCUCAGCAUCACUGCCUUAAUCAUGACCUCCCCUGGGGCGGGGUGGGGCUCUCUCCUCCCCCUCCCCCCCCCCUCCCCCUUUCCCCUCCCUCCUCGCUCUCCCUGGAGGCAGGUGUUCCAAAGCAUUUGUAAAUUGCUACAGGUGCAGGGACACCGCCUGCUCAGGACUCGGCCCCAUUACUUGCUCAGUUCCUACUCAUUUUCGGUCCAGUCCGAUAAUGAGCUCACCAGUUGGAAGAGACGGUGGAGCAGCCGCCACAGCGUCUGAGUGAUGGCCGUCUGGCUGGCCUCUCUCCAGCACCUCCCCUUAUCCCAAGGUUGUGAGGCCUUAUUUUUCCCUUGUGGUGUUGCCAAGUGGAACAGAAUCCCCAGAGACCCAGGCAUCCUUCCCUGGAGUCUGGGGGCUUGGGGGUGCUGCAGAGAGGGGAAAGUGCCCCAGCGGCCAGCCCAGAGCGCUGUUUCCUGAAGGAAGGUGGGGGCUUCCCAUUCUCAGACCAAUUGUGGCUUCUGUCCAGGCCCGGCCACUGCCCGAAUCCACUCCCCACCCCCAUGGUAAGAGCCAGAUCUGCCCUCCAGGCCCACCAGGCUUCUCUGACUAAGCAAUAAGAGGCUCUGAGCUGAUCCGGCCCUCGGAACCCCUUCUGCCCCCCCUAUUUUCAUGUGUCAAGGAAGAACCAUGCCACCCCUCCCCUGUCAGACUUGUCCCGGUUCUCUGAGACCCUCCUGCCCAGCGCCCGGCCACUCUGGUGGGCGUGUCCUGCUGUUCCCGCAUGAAGCCUGCCUGCCUGCAGCCCGUUUCCCAUAAUGCUCACCCUUCCCCAGAGAAGCAACUCUGCCAAAUCCACCUGAACUGGACCCACCCCACCGUGCGGCUCCGCCAGUGCACGGCCGUCAUUUGCUGUCUGGUUUUGGUUUCAGUGUGCCAAUGGCAGUAAUCAGUGGCCCAACCUACUCCUGAGGUAUCAGGCCAGACUUCAGAGGAGGGCAAGGUCAUCCCGGGCGCUGGUCAAGGGCCUCCACCAGCGGUACCUCCUGGAGGCUGGUCUCCAGGGAGCAGUAGGCCUCUGCCUGGCCAGCACCAUCUCAAGCCAUGCCAGGAAUCUGCCCGCCUGCCAGGUUCAGUUCUUUAAGGUGCCUCUUCAGGGACACGGUGUGUCUCUCUGAUUGGGCUUCAAAAUCAGCCUGAUGUUCGUGUCCCUCUCAUAGGGGGAGCUUUGGACACAGGACCAGUGUGGAAAGGGUCCACUAGGAGUGUCCACUCUGCACAUUGUAGAGGGGACGCUCUGGAGGCCCCUGGGUCCCUUACAAUAGAGUAAAUUUGCCUUCCGUUCACCGGGGACCUUCUGUUUCCUUCCCUCUUGCCUCCCAAAGAUUUUGACAUUUUGUACGGUAUAACCACACCCCUCUGAGUGGCCCAGAAGCUUCUUCGUGCUCAAAGCAUGAGAAGUGUAACGGUCUCCAUUCCCUAGGAAUAGACCCCCCCUUCAGUUCUGCUGCCUCUCCCCGCUCCUGCGCCUCGGUCAGGCAGUCUUGGCACAGGGUCAUCCUGUACUCCAUGUCCCGGCCAGGCCAAGUGUCUUGAGGACGGGAAGCCUGUUUUCCCCUUGAAGUCUUCAGUUGGUCACUUACCACUGUCCUUCCCCCAACUCCCCUUGUUCUUUGUAAACUGGGCUUUUAAUUUUGUCUCUGAUGCCAGCCAAUGCUUGCAGGGAGGGAAGACGGGUCUGACGAGCUCUCCCGUUUCUGUGAUGCUGUCGGCCUUCCCCGGACCCUCCUCUUUGCGCCCCUUGAGCUUCUUUGCUCCUAGUCACCCCAGGGUUGACGCAUCCCAUGUCAUGCCACCCUUCCCCCUUCAAGAUGCCAUUUGGAGGGCAGGGGAUCAGCUUUCCACCGUGACUCGGUGGGAUCCCAAUAGCCCUCUCACAGGUUCAUGGUUUGAUAAAUUUGUUGUAUUCAAAAACUUGAAAUGUAGGACGCCACCAAGUGUCUGUUUAUAUUUUUGGAAUAUUUGUAUUACUUACAAUUAAUAAAAGCGGUUUUAAAACCCUGUCCUGGAAUGGG